AGCUCCUCAGAGCGCCGGCGGCGGCCUCGGCGGAGUCGGUGUCGGCGGCCGGGGCUGAGCUGUGAGUUUCCGAUCGAGAACAGCGUUGGGGAAGAUGGCGGCUAGCGGGUCAAAAGAUUUGCUGAACAGUGGACUCCGAGAUCGAUAAAACUAAGCUCCUACCCGACCUUACUGACCAGGCCAGCAGUUGCAGAUCUGUGGUCAGGAUGAGUGGACUAGGUGAAAGCUCCUUGGAUCCGCUGGCCGCUGAGUCUCGAAAACGCAAACUGCCCUGUGAUGCCCCAGGACAAGGUCUUGUCUACAGUGGUGAAAAGUGGAGACGGGAGCAGGAGAGCAAGUAUAUAGAAGAACUGGCCGAGCUGAUAUCUGCAAAUCUUAGUGAUAUUGACAGCUUCAAUGUCAAACCAGAUAAAUGUGCCAUUUUAAAGGAAACAGUGAGACAGAUACGUCAAAUAAAAGAACAAGGAAAAACUAUUUCCAGCGAUGAUGAUGUUCAGAAAGCUGAUGUGUCUUCUACAGGGCAGGGAGUCAUUGAUAAAGACUCUUUAGGACCACUUUUACUCCAGGCACUGGAUGGUUUCUUGUUUGUGGUGAAUCGAGAUGGAAACAUUGUCUUUGUGUCAGAAAAUGUCACGCACUAUUUACAAUAUAAGCAGGAGGACCUGGUUAACACAAGUGUCUAUAGUAUCUUACAUGAGCAAGACCGGAAGGAUUUCCUUAAACAUCUACCAAAAUCCACAGUUAAUGGAGUUUCUUGGACUAAUGAGAACCAGAGACAAAAAAGCCAUACAUUUAAUUGCCGUAUGUUGAUGAAAACACAUGAUAUUUUGGAAGACAUGAAUGCCAGUCCCGAAACACGGCAGAAAUAUGAAACAAUGCAGUGCUUUGCCCUGUCUCAGCCUCGAGCUAUGCUGGAAGAAGGGGAAGACUUGCAGUGCUGUAUGAUCUGUGUGGCUCGCCGUGUGACCACAGAACGGCCAUUCCCAUCCAGUCCUGAGAGCUUUAUUACCAGGCACGACCUUUCUGGAAAGGUUGUCAAUAUAGAUACAAACUCACUUAGAUCUUCCAUGAGGCCUGGCUUUGAAGACACAAUCCGAAGGUGUAUCCAGAGAUUCUUCAGUCUGAAUGAUGGGCAGUCAUGGUCCCAGAAGCGUCACUAUCAAGAAGCUUAUAUUCAUGGCCACGCAGAGACCCCAGUGUACCGUUUCUCACUGGCUGAUGGAACUAUUGUGAGUGCGCAGACAAAAAGCAAACUCUUCCGCAAUCCUGUAACGAAUGAUCGUCACGGCUUCGUCUCCACCCACUUUCUUCAGAGAGAACAGAAUGGAUAUAGACCAAACCCAAAUCCUGUCGGACAAGCCGUCCGACCUCCUGCAGCAGGGUGUGGCAUGAACAUGUCUCCAAAUCAGACUGUACAGAUGUUGGGCAGCCGGACCUAUGGCGUGGCAGACCCCAGCAACACAGGGCAGAUGGGUGGAGCUAGGUAUGGGGCUUCUAGUAGCGUGUCCUCGCUGACCCCAGCACAAAGCCUACAGUCACCGUCUUCCUAUCAGAACAACAGCUACGGGCUCAGCAUGAGCAGCCCCCCCCACGGCAGUCCUGGUCUUGGCCCCAACCAGCAGAACAUCAUGAUUUCUCCUCGUAAUCGUGGGAGCCCAAAGAUGGCCUCACACCAGUUCUCUCCUGCUGCAGGUGUACACUCUCCCAUGGGACCGUCUGGCAACACAGGGAGUCACAGCUUCUCCAGCAGCUCCCUCAGUGCCUUGCAAGCCAUCAGCGAGGGCGUGGGGACCUCUCUUUUAUCCACUCUGUCUUCACCAGGCCCCAAACUGGACAACUCUCCCAAUAUGAAUAUAAACCAGCCAAGCAAAGCAAGUAGUCAGGAUUCUAAGAGCCCCCUAGGCUUAUACUGUGAACAGAACCCAGUAGAGAGUUCAGUGUGUCAGUCAAACAGCAGAGACCACCCCAGUGACAAAGAAACCAAGGAGAGCAGUGGGGAGGCAUCAGAGACUCCCAGGGGACCCCUGGAGAGCAAAGGCCACAAGAAACUGCUGCAGCUACUCACAUGUUCCUCCGAUGACCGAGGCCAUUCCUCCUUGACCAACUCUCCCCUGGAUUCAAAUUGCAAAGAUUCUUCCAUUAGUGUCACCAGCCCCUCUGGAGUGUCCUCCUCCACAUCAGGAGCAGUGUCUUCUACCUCCAACGUGCAUGGGUCUCUGUUGCAAGAGAAACACCGGAUUUUGCAUAAGUUGUUGCAGAAUGGUAACUCACCAGCGGAGGUCGCCAAGAUCACUGCAGAAGCCACUGGGAAAGACACUAGCAGUACUGCUUCCUGUGGAGAAGGGAAUGCCAGGCAGGAGCAGCUGAGUCCUAAGAAGAAGGAGAAUAAUGCCCUUCUUAGAUACCUGCUGGACAGGGAUGACCCCAGUGAUGUGCUUGCCAAAGAGCUGCAGCCCCAGGCGGACGGAGGGGACAGUAAACUGAGUCAGUGCAGCUGCUCCACCAAUCCCAGCUCAGGCCAAGAGAAAGACCCCAAAAUCAAGACAGAGACAAGUGAGGAGGUGUCAGGAGACCUGGAUCACCUAGAUGCCAUUCUUGGAGAUCUGACUAGUUCUGACUUCUACAACAAUCCUACCAAUGGCAGUCACCCAGGGGCCAAACAGCAGAUGUUUGCAGGACCAAGUUCUCUGGGUUUGCGAAGCCCACAGCCUGUGCAGUCUGUCCGUCCUCCAUAUAACCGAGCGGUCUCUCUGGAUAGCCCUGUGUCUGUUGGCUCAGGUCCACCAGUGAAGAAUGUCAGUGCUUUCCCUGUGUUACCAAAACAGCCCGUACUGGCUGGGAACUCGAGAAUGAUGGACAGCCAGGAGAAUUACGGUGCCAGCAUGGGUGGACCAAACAGAAACGUUCCUGUGAAUCCAGCUUCCUCCUCAGGAGACUGGGGUUUAGUUAACUCAAGGGCCAGCAGAAUGGAACCUCUGGCUUCAAGUCCCCUGGGAAGAGCUGGAGCAGACUACAGUGCUGCUUUACCAAGACCUGCCAUGGGGGGCGCAGUGCCUACCUUGCCACUUCGUUCUAAUAGACUACCAGGCGCAAGACCAACGUUGCAGCAGCAGCAGCAACAGCAGCAGCAACAGCAGCAGCAGCAGCAGCAGCAGCAGAUGCUUCAAAUGAGACCUGGUGAGAUUCCCAUGGGAAUGGGGGUCAAUCCCUAUAGCCCAGCCGUGCCGUCUAACCAACCAGGUUCCUGGCCAGAGGGCAUGCUGUCUGUGGAACAAGGUCCUCAUGCCUCUCAAAAUAGGCCUCUUCUUAGAAAUUCUCUGGAUGAUCUGCUGGGGCCACCUUCUAAUCCAGAAGGCCAGAGCGAUGAGAGAGCUCUGCUGGACCAGCUGCACACUCUCCUGAGCAACACAGACGCCACGGGCCUGGAGGAGAUCGACAGGGCCUUGGGGAUUCCUGAGCUCGUGAAUCAGGGACAAGCUUUGGAGUCCAAACAGGAUGUUUUUCAAGGCCAAGAAGCAGCAGUCAUGAUGGAGCAGAAGGCUGCACUGUAUGGGCAGACGUACGCAGCUCAGGGUCCUUCACUGCAAGGAAGCUUUAACCUUCAGGGACAGUCGCCAUCUUUUAACUCUAUGAUGAGUCAGAUUAGCCAGCAAGGCAGCUUUCCUCUCCAAGGUGUGCAUCCCAGAGCCAGCCUCAUGAGGCCAAGGACGAGCACCCCGAAGCAGCUGAGAAUGCAGCUUCAGCAGAGGCUGCAGGGCCAGCAGUUUCUAAAUCAGAGCCGGCAGGCACUUGAGAUAAAAAUGGAGAACCCCACUGGUGCUGCUGUGAUGAGGCCCAUGAUGCAGCCCCAGCAGGCUUUCUUUAAUGCCCAAAUGGCUGCCCAGCAGAAACGGGAGCUGAUGAGCCAUCACCUGCAGCAGCAGAGGAUGGCGAUGAUGAUGUCACAGCCACAGCCUCAGGCCUUCAGCCCACCCCCCAACGUCACCGCUUCCCCCAGCAUGGAUGGGGUUUUGGCAGGCUCAGCAAUGCCACAAGCCCCUCCACAACAGUUUCCAUAUCCAACAAAUUAUGGAAUGGGACAACCACCAGAGCCAGCCUUUGGUCAAGGCUCUAGUCCUCCCAGUGCAAUGAUGUCAUCAAGAAUGGGGUCUUCCCAGAAUGCCAUGGUGCAGCAUUCUCAGACUGCACCUAUGUAUCAGUCCCCAGAGAUGAAGGGGUGGCCAUCAGGGAACCUGGCCAGGAACGGCUCUUACCCCCAGCAGCAGUUUGCUCCCCAGGGGAACCCUGCAGCAUACAACAUGGUGCACAUGAACAGCAGUGGUAGUCACUUGGGACAGAUGGCCAUGAACCCCAUGCCCAUGUCUGGCAUGCCCAUGGGUCCUGAUCAGAAAUACUGCUAACAUCUCCCUAGUGGGACCGAGAAGGAAAUCACUGUACAGAUGACACUGCACGAGAUGGAUCGUCUUGGACGAAACAAGUCAUUGUCUAGGCAUCCUGCUUAGAAGCAAGGCCAGCGUGACCACCACCGGGGUGUUCCAAAGUGCUGUCAUUUGAGCAGAACUGGGUCUCAAGCUGACUCGCACUGUCUACCUGUUGCCCUGCCUCUGUGCGGCAUGGUGUUCUGCCUCAUGAGGGUGUGAUUCUGGAGAUGGUGUUCAGAAUCACCGUUCUCUCCAUCACUUCCUCUGCCUCGCCAGCCAAAGUCUUCACAUAGACCUAGAUGGCUACGGUUUCUGUCUUGCAGCACUGGACGAGGAGCACAGUCUGCCUUCAAGUGUGUCGUCAGCAAGUAGUUCUGUGUCGCUCUCCUGUCCAGUGCAAUCAGUGUUUCUGCGCUCUUGUCCUUUACAGAUGUAGUCCCCAGAGUCUGUUGUCCUAGGUCUCUCCUGAUGAGGUCCCCGUACCCUGUAAUUCUCAAGGGAUUUGUCAUUGAUGUUAAAUGGCUUUGCAGAAGGGAAAAUGAAAUGGCAAUAUUGAAUUUUCCCGCCCCAUGUGCAGCCAAGUGCACUUUACUGAGGAAGUCACGGAGAAAUGCAAUAUUCUUGGGCGUGAGGAAUGGUGAACCACAUUCCUGGUUUUUGUCUGCACUAAUCUGUUAGGACAAGAACAUGAUUGUUUUUUGUUUGUUUGUUGUUUCUUUCAAGUACUGGCGUCACCCUUUGCCUAUAUGGUAGAGCAAUAAUGCUUUGAAAUAAACUUGUGAAACCCAAGGCCAGGUACUGCACUCUGAAUCAGAAGCUAGCAGUGCUUCUGUGAAUACGCUUCUUUUUGUAAAUAUGAUCUUUUAAGAUAUUGUAUUAUGUGAAAAUAUGUACAUACCUUUUUUUGUAGGUCACAGCAGCUCAUUUUUACAGAGUUUGUGAAACUAAAUAUUUAACAUUGUUGAUUUCGGUAAGCUCCAUGCAGUGAGGCUAGCGCAGAGGAGACAUCCGGACCGCCUAGCCUGGGGGCAGGGCAGUCUGCAGCUCCCCCUUGCUUUGCAGGCCUCACUCUUUAAAGGCUUUUUAAAGUGAUCAUUUGUUAGAUGUAGGCAUUUAAAUUUUUUAAAAAAUUUCUUUACCAGAGAACUACGCACUUUGUUAAUUUGUGGGGAAAGGAUAGACACGGGGAAAUGAGCUUUAAAACAAAAACAGAAAACCGCCAAGAGUUAAAAACAACCGGAGCAAAUUGAUUUCAAAAAGAACCUUGUGUUUUUUAAGCAGUCCAUAAAUUAAAGGAUAAUAAUUUUGGAAAACUUGAGUAUGUAGCCCAUUCAUCAUUUUAGGAGUGAUUUCUGUUAUGAGGACCUGAGCCCCACAUUUAGGUCAAAGACCCUGGGCCUUUGUGUGGUCUGGUGUCUGCUCAGCUCCCCUGCUGUUCAGCUCUUGGUGGUGGUGGGGUCUCUUACUACCUCUCUGCAUCAGGGUGCUGAGCUCAGAACCAGGCCUGCCAGUGCUGCUGAGUCAGAGUGACCCCUCCUGACACCUCUCUGCCUCCUCCUCUUGGGAAACCAAGUGUAAUGCCCUUUAUUUGGGUCCCUUGGGUUCAAACAGUUAGAUGACAUUAGGUUAUUAGAACAUCUGUAGCUUCAAGUAUCUCUGCCAGCCCUGGUGUCAUCUUCUGAGAGCCAAUUAGUGUUUAAAAGCCACAUGUUUAGCCGUUGUCCUCCAUCUCCCUGAAGGGAGCACCACUCCAUUCUUGAGCACUCUGAGUGAGGCUCAGGAGCCCCUGUGGAUGGACUUGGCUUUCCUAUGUGUUUGGGUCAUGAUGGGCGUCCCCUGUGAUUGACCCACUGUCCCAGGUACCAUUGUGGCCUGCACUUUGCAGGUGACACCCGAGCUGGCUGGGCGGGGCUGGGCCUUCCCUGCUUAGGUGUGUAGGCCACAGCGGUGCUCCUCCCCUCAGCGUGGAAAGACAUUUAAAACCCAACUGUGAUUCUGCCCUCAGCACCACAGCUCCAGGCUAAAUGGAUGGCACUCCCUUUUUGUAUGAAGAGAAAAAUGUUUAUUAUGUUUUUAUAUUUUCUACUUACUGAUUUUUUUAUUGGUACCAGUUCAAAAUUCUGAUUUCUUUUUAAUAGCCUCUGGGAUAAUUUGUUGUUUUUACCUGAAUUGCCCUUUAAUCUUUUUUGGGUCAUUCUCUUUGUGCUCUUCUUGCCUACCUCGCAUCCCCUCCUCCCUGGCCCCUCUUUAAACCUAGGUGUCUUUUGGGGCAAACAGUAUAAAAGUAUUUUUUUCAUCUGCUUUUAUGAUGUGGGGACAUUUUCAUUACCUAUUUUUUUUUUUUUUUUUUUGCUGAAUCCAAAGAUACAUAAAUAAAAAUGUAUUUUAUGAAGAUCCAAAUGAUUUUAAGGAAACAUGUUUCUUCAGAAAUAAAUGAAGCUGUGCUGUUGCUGUUGGUAUCAGAACGCUCUCUCUAAACUGUGCCCCUGUGAUUAACAGCCCCACUCAGCUCAGGUCAUCAGCAUUAGGUGCUGAGGUGAGUCGGGGGGCAGAGGCAGUGGUACUAUGGCAGAUAAUUGGCUUGGUUUGGGUAGAUGCAUCUAGACCAUGCAGAGGGUUGCCAGUUGACAACAUGCCAGUCCAGUCCUUUCUAUCUGCUGUGGCUGUGGAUUCUGACUCCAAGUUGAGUGUUACCUCUAGGAUAGCUGAAAACUGGCCCUGCCAUGAAGUAACAGGGGUUUUUACCUCCAGUGCAGGUUGAUUAAAAACAGAGCGGUGUUUUGUUUUUCUCUUGCCUCCUCCCUUUUUCUCUUCCUUUGGAAAUACGGAGUUUUGAAGAAGAUGGAAAUGUCACUCCAAGAGCAGUUAAUUCUCAGGAACUGACCGACACCACUGAGAACACGUUUGGGGUUAAUCACGUUUAUAUUAAGUGUCACUUAAGAUGUCAUUCUUUACACUGCAAGGAAUCGGAAGCACGUCGGUGGUUCGGUUGGCUUGAGCUUUGGAUGCCUUGCCAACUGUCUGGAUGCUCUUGUAAAUAAAGGUUUCUAUUUAAACCUCA